UCCGCUGUAAGGGUAGGUGGAAAUGGUAAGUGUGUGUGACACAUGUGUGGAUUUCCUGCUGUAUGCAACGUGAUUGUUGUACUCCCCGAUGCGGUCCCACCGUCCGUUCCAUCGUGCAUAAGCGCGCUGUUUUUUUUUUGUUGGUUGGAGAACUACACGCGCCGAAGUGGCAGUAGUUUGGAAGACUCAAGGUCAUUCUCUCCCUGUCAUGAAGAUAAUCCAAGUCUUGGCUUGUUACUGUCUACUGCACAGCUAUCUCCGUUCCUUAUCUAGAUCACCUCCUUUUCUCCUCUUGCGAAAAACGAAUGGCCGGCUUACAGACCUUCUGGCAGAGCAUCGGUAACAGAUCGCCCGACAAUUUCUCCGCCGGGCCUCGAGCACUUGUAUGCCGAGGUGCUAAGUAGCUAUUGGAUUACGACAUCAGGCAGUCCAUCAUGUAGUUAGGUCGAUUCCAAUGCUAAACAUGCAAGGUACGUAUUUCAAUAUUGAAGCACUUAAUCGCGGCACUUCACCUUUGCAGUCUGCGAUGGGCCGGAGGAAGGAUCCGCCACUAAGGAUUGGGAUCACGGACUCAUUGUUGGGAACAAUCAGGAAUCACUUUGGUAAGCAGGCACGCAGGACACGACUAGCGGUUUAAGCAAGCAAAUGCCGUUGGCCUGAGGCAAUCGCGACCGUAUUACCGCUUUCGUGGGUUACAUCCCUGGCUACAUGUAUGCAUCUUCAACAUGUGAGCUUUGGUCAAACCACUCAUCACGAAUAUCACACAGAUUAACAAGGUCCAAUGUGAGAACCAUGAUUUGUCACGCUUCUACAGGUACCCUGAUGGCUCUGUGUACUCGAUUUUCAAUUACAUACUGCCGACGCGAUAGUUGAACAACAUCUAAGCAAGUUACACCCACAGCAGAACGACGCAUUCCAUCUACAAAAACUGCACAUUGAAUGGUUGGAUCGGUUACCCGGGCGCAUGGAUGCGUCAGACAGGGGUAUGAGAAGCGUUGGACGUUGCAUGUCCGGUUGCGCUUCUCAAAGGCGUAAUUCUCCCUUGACGCUUCGUUCCGCAUUGCCAUCCGCAUCAAUUGGGCAUCAUCGUCCUCUCCUCAACCACUACUUCAACCUUGAUGUUACACUCGCCUCUUCAUGGGUCCGUAUGAUAGCCAGUUCACCUCCCUUUAUGGGAUUCUGCUACGCCGUUGAACAGCAGAUUCUCCUGUCCUCAUGCCUUGUUGAAGCAUUACCGAGCUCUCUGUAACGUGCGCGCACACUCCAACCCGCCCCAUCGGAGCAUGGAUCCUCUUGGUCCAUGAUAUCAAGACUUGACAAACUGCAUACCAAAUCGCUUGCGUUACAUGUUGGGUGAUCAGCACAACGCCGACGCCGAUUCUGACCGACUUUAGCAUGUGACAUAUCCCAUUGUGGUGUCAGCGGCGGUAGUUGCCUCUUCCCAACGAUUUUUUUUUACAAAGCAAGGUCGGACAGAGGGAAACAGAGAAAAAAAAAAGGCAUACGAAAGAUGAGCGCAGAACAGAUGUCUGACUCUCACCGCCUCCAUUGGUCUGACAGCUCGACACAUGCACGCUGCCCGAAAACGGAAGCUGUAACAAGUAAUAUGCACGUUCUCCAGGCUUUUCAUCAAUCGUUCUUUCUAUCGUUCUAUUAUCAAUCCAUCGUUCCAAAGAACACGCUAAUAUCACGGAGCAGAGCUUUGACACCGUCCAAAUCGCGUCGUUCCCACGUGUCGCAUACAUGUAUUCGCCAGUGUGACCGAUAUAGCCGUUGCUUGCGGAGUCUUACUCUGUUCGGGAAAAUGCGGAAAUCCACAUAGUUUGCACUCCGCGCGGUGGAAAUUCGACACAUGCAUAUCAUCAUUGGAUUCCAUACUCAAUGAUAUGAUGGAGUUUCACCGCUAGAUCCGACAGACUGGUCCUGUUCAGACGUUAACCGUUUUCGAGUUCGCCGUUCACUUUCCUACUUUGUGCCAUAGGGGAUGCGCCAGGGAGCUUCGUAUAGCCCAGAACCCUCUUGAUCCUUCUCGUACGCCCCCGAUUCAGGUAACCUUAUCCCUCCAAAAGAAAAAAAAAAUGUAUUCUUGGAUCCCACUAUCAUCAUAUCGUAUUCCCCGUGCGAGAUUGUAUUCCCAGGUUGGAAAGGGUUGCAUGCUGGGUUCUGUAAGAAUCUUUUACUAAUCACGUUAUCUCUUGUCACGAGAUUCUCAACGAAUCUUGAAUAAAAGACAGCGGCAAUCGACCGAUUCACUGAUUAGGAAUCUGAGUUUGAUUUGAGCUCAAAACUCAGGACUCCUUCGCGUUUGGGCUUGCACCGGAGAUUAUUGUUCAAACAGUUUGACAGCAUACCAAUAAUCAAUACCACCAGGUUUACCAUCCAGCUACUCGGGGCAACUGCUGCAUGUCACCAAGAACUCUCGACCCCAGGUUCUCUUUCCCACGUUCAAAAAGCCCCACCGCAUCGUAGUCACAUUAAUCUCUUCCGCGUGUGUGGGGACCCAGGGAAGGAUGGCAGUGGGUCAAAUCUUCCCCGAAGAGCAUGCACUCCGAGAGGUUCUCAGACCCCAGUCUCGUACCUGACUAUGACA